GGAAGCCCGUGCCGGGCGAGGGGAGCCAACCAUCCUCCUCCUCUCCCUCCUCCUCCUCCUCCUCCUCCUCCUCCACCGCCUCCCGGAGCCGAGCCCAGGAAGGAGGUCGAUCCAUCCAUCCAUCCAUCCUUCCGUCCUGCGUCCCAGGCUCCAGCGACCCCCCUGCUCCCGCCCCAGGGGGAGGGAGGAAGGGGAGCCGGCCCGGCGGCCAACGCACCGCGCAGAGUGCCAGCAGCGCCCGGAGGAGAGAGCGAGCGGCGCAGAGCAGAGGACCAGCGCAGCGCCCAGGCCACCCCCUCCUCCUCCUCCUCACCGGACCCGGCGCCCCUGGAUUAACUCCAUUUUUUCCUGCUUUUCACCCCCCCCCCCAAAAAAAAACCCCUUCUUCCCCUCGAAACGAUCCGCCCCCUCCUCUUUCUCCCCAUCCUUCCCCUUCUCCAAGUGGCACUGUGGUCAUGGGAUCUAUAAUUUCAUUUUUGUCUAGGCUGGAGAGGAGUCCGCUGGCUCUGUAAGGUGGAUGUGGAUGCCCGGGGGGCUUCUAUGGUCCUGGGGGGACAGAGACUGAGCGGAUCCCGGCGGGGAGGAAGUUUUUCCUGAGCGGGAGGAUGCGGAGCGUCAGCUGCUGGCUUUUCCUGCUCUUCCUGCAGCCCGCCGCUGACCCGGUCACCUGCGCCAACCUAACGAAUGGCGGCAAGUCGGAGGCCGGGAAGCCCGGGAACGCCAGGUCCACCCUGAAGCACAUCUGGCCGGAGAGCAGCAAGGAUCUCUCCAUCAGCCGGCUCCUCUCCCAGACCUUCCGAGACAAGGAGAAUGAGACGGAUCUGGACCUCCACUACGACGCCCCCCAACCUUACUCGGAACAAGACCUGUGGGAUUGGCUGAGGAACUCCUCCGACCCCCAGGAGCCCCGGCCCCGCUCCAAGAGGAGGCCCAUCGUCAAGACGGGGAAGUUCAAGAAGAUGUUCGGCUGGGGCGACUUCCACUCCAACAUCAAAACGGUCAAGCUCAACCUGCUGAUCACCGGCAAGAUCGUCGACCACGGCAACGGCACCUUCAGCGUCUACUUCCGCCACAACUCCACCGGGCAGGGCAACGUGUCGGUCAGCCUGGUGCCGCCCACCAAGAUCGUGGAGUUCGACGUGGCCCAGCAGUCGGUCAUCGACGCCAAAGACUCCAAAUCCUUCAACUGCCGCGUGGAGUACGAGAAGGUGGACAGGGCCACCAAGAAUACCCUCUGCAACUAUGACCCCUCCAAAACCUGCUACCAGGAGCAGACUCAAAGCCACGUUUCCUGGCUCUGCUCCAAGCCUUUCAAAGUCAUCUGUAUUUACAUUUCCUUUUAUAGCACAGAUUACAAACUCGUUCAGAAAGUCUGCCCCGAUUACAACUACCACAGCGACACGCCCUACUUUCCCUCGGGUUGAGGGGGGGACGCGCGGGGAAGGCCGGA